UCAGUUUAGGUCACGUGUUUCGUCUGACAGAAGCUCUGUGCCUUAGAAUAGAGACGCUAAGAGAGUGAAAGCGAGUCACACUACUGGCAAAAGCAAAUGGAAAACGAGACUGAGUCGCAAGCCAAAAUAUUGAUGGGUUCAGUUUACUUUAAUAUCUAAAAUAAAUAAGAUACUCUGCAUCGUCGUAUCUCAUUUGGUUUGACGCGCACUGAAUAUUUCCUCUUUCCACGGAAGAACGCCGACAGCGGGAAUGGUGCUGACUCUCAUGUGUAAGUAGAGAAUUAGUCACAUAUUUCUCUGUUAUGGGAUGACAGACAAAUGCUCCGUUGCUUUCUGGGUCGAGUAUCUCCUCAACUCUGAAGUUAUAUUUUAUGUAAUUGAUGUCAGCGUUCCAAUUUAGUGCUCGCCUAGCACUACCUCUGUAAAAAGAACUUGUGCUUCUAAAUAGAAAACUACAUGCAGUCGGACUGAAUACGUACAGCGCUCUUUGGCGCACUGUUUCCCGGCGUCUGUACAUGGAUUCCCAGAUGCACCGAGGAUGGAACAAAAACGGAAUACUUGUUAUUUCUCGGAACAUAUACUUUUUUGACUGAUUCUUAGGAAGUAAAUGGGAUACAUGACCGUCGCAGGGAAGAAGGACUUGUGCAGGUUUGCGAUGUCAAUCUUAACGGUCAAGCUUACGUCCUAUUGGUGACAAAAGUACACAAAACGGUAACCACGAAUUUCCUUCUCGGAAGGGACUGCCAGAAUGUUUCAUUUUGGGCCGAUGCUUGCUGUCAUUUCACACAAAAAGCAAUUGGAACGAUGCGCGCGCGAAAGGAGCGACAUUAAUGACUUGGAUUGAAAGCAACAGCUUGUUCUUCGUUAACGGCGUCGCUCGGGGUUCGCAGCUCAUCUACGCUCCGCACUUCCUGUGCACAUGGAUGCCACACUGCAAACUGAGUGUGAAGGAUUAGAGACCUAAGGGUCUGCUGGGUGCUUCCCUCCCCUCUCCAAAUUCCGACCCCUGGAGACAGUGACACUCCUUCAAAACCCCCCUCACCCAGUGUUUGUCUCAGAUGGCCAGAGCACUGUGAAUUUUAGCACUUUCUACAAAUCCCGGAAUACUUGAAUACACUGAUGACCCGAUAGAACGAAUUUUAGAUACAUUACACAUAUUCACUUGCUUUAUAUAAAUUUCUUUAUUUCACUGAAGGCUCAAAACAGCGGAGAAGAUAUUGUAUUUUUAUAUUUUAGUCGUCUACUCCAAAGCCGCCCUGCGCAACUACUGUUGUUUGUGCAUGCUCCCAGGCUCCAAAGCGCACUGCCAGCUCGCGCUGGUGAUGCCAUGCCCCGCAACCACAGCGGAGAUGAGGGCAGCUCUGGGCUCUGGAUGAAAACCUCCUCGGGGCACCGCGCGGAGGGCUAUGGCUUUAAAGAUGUCGAGUCUGGUCGAAGGACGAUGAACAACUCGGCCAGAGCCGGGGAUGGUUUGCUGAGUGGCUCUGGCGCUACGCCGGGCACAACAGGUGCCGGGAGCGCGGACAGCCUGCGAGGGAAGCAAGGAGCCCGCCUAAGCUUGCUCGGGAAACCGCUCAUCUACAGCGCACAGAGCGGCCGCAGGAACGCACGCUACCGGCGGCUGCAGAAUUUCCUCUACAAUGUCCUGGAGAGACCACGUGCCUGGGCAUUUGUGUACCACGCAUUCGUGUUCAUCCUGGUGUUCGGCUGCCUGGUUCUGUCCGUCUUCUCCACCAUCCCCGCCCACCAGGAGCUGUCCUCCCACUGCCUGCUCAUCCUGGAGUUUGUGAUGAUCGUGGUGUUCGGUCUGGAGUACAUCGUCCGCAUCUGGUCCGCUGGCUGCUGCUGCCGCUACAGAGGAUGGCAGGGCCGUCUGCGAUUCGCCAGGAAGCCCUUCUGUGUCAUAGAUAUCAUCGUGCUCAUUGCCUCGGUUGCUGUGGUGUCGGCGGGUAGCCAGGGCAACAUCUUCGCCACGUCGGCGCUGCGGAGCUUGCGCUUCCUGCAGAUCCUGCGCAUGGUGCGCAUGGACCGGAGGGGUGGGACCUGGAAGCUGCUGGGAUCAGUGGUGUACGCCCACAGCAAGGAGCUGGUCACCGCCUGGUACAUUGGGUUCCUGGUGCUCAUUUUCUCCUCCUUCCUGGUCUACCUGGUGGAGAAGGAGUUCAACCAGCAGUUUGCCACUUACGCUGACGCCCUGUGGUGGGGGACGAUCACCCUCACCACCAUCGGGUACGGGGACAAGACGCCGCAGACCUGGACGGGCCGCCUGCUGUCCGCCGGCUUCGCCCUGCUGGGCAUCUCCUUCUUCGCCCUGCCAGCGGGAAUUCUGGGAUCAGGGUUUGCACUGAAGGUCCAGGAGCAGCACAGACAGAAGCACUUUGAGAAGCGGAGAAACCCUGCUGCCAGCCUGAUCCAGUGUGUUUGGCGUAGUUAUGCGGCUGAUGAGAACUCGGUUUCCAUCGCUACCUGGAAGCCUCAUUUGAAGGCGCUGCACACCUGCAGCCCUGCAAAGAAGGACCAGGGCGAGUCCACUAGCAGUAGGGUUCUUAAUAAUAAACAGAAGCUUCUCCGGAGAUAUACCACACGGAUACAUAGUCAGAAGCUGAGCUUUAAGGAGCGUGUGCGCAUGGCCAGCCCGCGCGGUCAGACCAUAAAGAGCCGGCAGACGUCGGUGAGCGACCGGCGCUCUCCUGGCGCUGACAUGGCCACGGAGGGGAACAGCCCCGCCAAGGUGCAGAAGAGCUGGAGCUUCAACGACCGCACCCGCUUCCGCCCCUCGCUCCGCCUCAAGAGCCAAUCACGCGCUACGCCCGAGGCUGAUGCCACUCUGGGGACGGAUGAUGGGUUUGAUGAGAAGGGCUGCCAUUGUGAUGUCACAGUGGAGGACCUGACACCGGCACUCAGAGCAGUGAUCAGAGCGGUGAGGAUAAUGAAGUUCCACGUGGCGAAGAAGAAGUUCAAGGAGACGCUGCGGCCGUACGAUGUGAAGGACGUGAUCGAGCAGUACUCCGCCGGACACCUGGACAUGCUGUGUAGAAUCAAGAGCCUGCAGACACGGCUGGACUCCAUUGUGGGUCCACAGCAGCCCCUCAGCAGCAGAGCCAAGACCUUUUCCUCUCCCUCCCUGCACUUGUAUUACAGCCACAAGAGGAAGCCCUCGAACCCGGGGCUGGAGGCCUCUGCUGGUCCGCCGCCCGGUCUACGCAGCAGAGCCAAGAACUUUUCCUCUCCCUCCCUGCACUUGUAUUACAGCCAGCACAAGAGGAAGCCCUCGAACCCGGGGGUGGACCAGAUCUUGGGCAAAGGACAGAACAGCGUGGACAGGAAGCUGCGAGACAAGGCCCACCCCGAGGGGGACUCGCUGGAGGACAUGAGCAUGCUCGGCCGCGUGUGUAAGGUGGAGCGCCAGGUGCAGUCCAUUGAAAGCAAGCUGGACUCCCUGCUGGAUAUUUACCGGCAGGUUCUUCGGAAGGGCUCGUCUGCGGCCCUGCCCCUGUUUGAGCUGGAUCAGACCUCGGACUACCAGAGCACCUGCUCCACCCACAUGAGCUGCAGCUCGGUGUCCCGCUCCACGAGCGCCCACCUGCCUCGCGGCCUGCAGCUCGCCCUGGCCCCCACCGAGCUGGGCCUGAGCGCGCCCCCGCCCCUCAGCCCCGGCCAGCCCCCCACCCCCGACAGCGCCUCCACAAACUCCCCGCCUCCCAUCCUUACGCCCAGCAGCCUCCCCCGGAGUCAGUACCCUGACCUAGCCAGGCCCCCCCCUGCCCCGUCCGGUCCCGCCACGCUCCAGCUGCCCCCCAUGCCUCCACCCCCAGGCCGUCCCGUCUGCAUUAUCCCCAUCGCCAGCCCGGAGGUGCAGCCGGCCAACCUCGCGGGUACGUGCCUGGCCGCCGCGGGGGUUGGUGCGGACGCAGGCUACGCCCAAGGGGGCGAGCCCAGUGCCAAGGAGGAGGGGUCCUGGCAGAGGCACCCCAGUCUGGAGAUGGAUCCACUAGGGUCGCUGUCCCCAUCGCCGCCGGCCUGUCCCGCCCUCGGCGACCGCGUCCUGGGGAAGUCCCUGUCGGCGCAGGACCUGCUGCAGCCCGCGGACGACCCUGGCCCCGCCCCCUCUCCCAGCAGCAGUGGCCGCGAACGCGCGGGGGACUGGGGCCAAACGGAACUCUUCAUCAGCGACAAGGACCUGGACGUGCGCGUGGAGAGCUUCAGCUUCCUGCCGCAGCAGACUGUGGACGGCGCCUUCCCCUCCGGCAGUGGCGGGUCGGCCGGCAGCCUUAGCGGGAGCUGCAAAGCCACCGGCAGCACCGAGUCUCUGAGCAUGCCCCACGUGCGGCUAAAAUAGACACGCUGCAGAAUGCCCCACGUGCGGCUAAAAUAGACACGCUGCAGAAUGCCCCACGUGCGGCUAAAAUAGACACGCUGCAGAAUGCCCCACAUGCGGCUAAAAUAGACACGCUGCAGAAUGCCCCACAUGCGGCUAAAAUAGACACGCUGCAGAAUGCCCCAUGGCUGAAAUAGACACACUGCAGAAUGCCCCACAUGCGGCUAAAAUAGACACGCUGCAGAAUGCCCCAUGGCUGAAAUAGACACACUGCAGAAUGCCCCAUGGCUGAAAUAGACACACUGCAGAA